AUGCGCAUUCGCGAUUCAUCAUAUUUUCUCCUACUAAGCAGAUACCUUGGGAUAACCUUGUUGAUAGCUCACGGGUCUUCGCAAACCACUGAUGGAAGUGAAAUUCCUUGUCGAGAUGGAGGAUUAUGUGUACCGUUCUAUAUGUGUUCUAAUAGUAAGAUCAUAACAGACGGAACGGGAUUAAUCGAUCUUCGUUUUACUGGAGAGGAUUGUCCAGAUAAAUUGAUUUGUUGUCAGGAUACCGCUGCCGUUGGGUCACGAAUAUCAGAGUGCCAAGGAAAGUGCGUUCCGUUGUCCCAGUGCUUGGAUGAUGUGUAUGAAGAUACAGUCGUUGAAAAUAGUGUAUUGGAUAUUGGAAAAACAAGUUGUUCUGACAACCAAAUUUGUUGCAAUAAUGUACGGCAACCGCAAUUUACUAACAUGAUUGUUUCCCCCUACAAACAAUGUCAGGGAAAAUGUGUACCUUUCUACCAGUGCUCUGGAGGGAAACUGAAUAGUUUUGGAAAAGAUAUAAUCAACUUGAGGAGCACUGAUGAUGGAUGUGGUGGAGACGAAUUAGUGUGCUGUAUGGAAACAGAUAUUAAAAAGCCAAACAUCGAGCUGCCCAAAUUGUGCGAUGGAACAUGCGUUCCGUUCUAUCAGUGUUCGAAUGGGUCAUUCAACAGUGCUGGCGAAGGAGUGAUCAAUUUAAGAAGCUUCGACAAUGCAUGUCCAGGAGAACAGGUUUGCUGUAGUUCCAAACCCAUGCCAAACAUUGAGGUGCCCAAACUGUGCGAUGGAACAUGCGUUCCGUUCUAUCAAUGUUCAAAUGGGUCAUUCAACAGUGCUGGCGAAGGAGUGAUCAAUUUAAGAAGCUUCGACGAUGCAUGCCCAGGAGAACUUGUUUGCUGUAGUUCCAAACCCAUGCCAAACAUUGAGGUGCCCAAACUGUGCGAUGGAACAUGCGUUCCGUUCUAUCAAUGUUCAAAUGGGUCAUUCAACAGUGCUGGCGAAGGAGUGAUCAAUUUAAGAAGCUUCGACAAUGCAUGUCCAGGAGAACAGGUUUGCUGUAGUUCCAAACCCAUGCCAAACAUUGAGGUGCCCAAAUUGUGCGAUGGAACAUGUGUUCCGUUCUAUCAAUGUUCAAAUGGGUCAUUCAACAGUGCUGGCGAAGGAGUGAUCAAUUUAAGAAGCUUCGACGACGCAUGUCCAGGAGAACUGGUUUGCUGUAGUUCCAAACCCAAACCACACGUCGAGGGGCCCAAACUGUGCGUUGGAACAUGCGUUCCAUUCUAUCAAUGUUCAAAUGGGUCAUUCAGCAGUGCUGGCGAAGGAGUGAUCAAUUUAAGAAGCUUCGACGAUGCAUGUCCAGGAGAACUGGUUUGCUGUGGUUCCAAACCCAAACCACACAUCGAGGGGCCCAAGCUGUGCGGUGGAACAUGCGUUCCAUUCUAUCAAUGUUCAAAUGGGUCAUUCAACAGUGUUGGCGAAGGAGUGAUCAAUUUAAGAAGCUUCGACGAUGCAUGCCCAGGAGAACUUGUGUGCUGUAGUUCCAAAUCCAAACCACACGUCAAGGGGCCCAAAUUUUGUGACGGAACAUGUGUUCCGUUCUAUCAAUGUUCAAAUGGGUCAUUCAACACUGCUGGCGAAGGAGUGAUCAAUUUAAGAAGCUUCGACGAUGCAUGUCCAGGAGAACUGGUUUGCUGUAGUUCCAAACCCAAACCACACGUCGAGACGCCCAAAUUGUGCGAUGGAACAUGCGUUCCAUUCUAUCAAUGUUCAAAUGGGUCAUUCAACAGUGCUGGCGAAGGAGUGAUCAAUUUAAGAAGCUUCGACGACGCAUGUCCAGGAGAACUUGUGUGCUGUAGUUCCAAAUCCAAACCACACGUCAAGGGGCCCAAAUUUUGUGACGGAACAUGUGUUCCGUUCUAUCAAUGUUCAAAUGGGUCAUUCAACACUGCUGGCGAAGGAGUGAUCAAUUUAAGAAGCUUCGACAAUGCAUGUCCAGGAGAACUUGUUUGCUGUACUUCUAAACCCAUGCUAAACAUUGAGGUGCCCAAAUUGUGCGAUGGAACAUGCGUUCCGUUCUAUCAAUGUUCAAAUGGGACAUUCAACAGUGCUGGUGAAGGAGUGAUCAAUUUAAGAAGCUUCGACGAUGCAUGUCCAGGAGAACUGGUUUGCUGUGGUUCCAAACCCAAACCACACAUCGAGGGGCCCAAGCUGUGCGGUGGAACAUGCGUUCCAUUCUAUCAAUGUUCAAAUGGGUCAUUCAGCAGUGCUGGCGAAGGAGUGAUCAAUUUAAGAAACUUCGACGAUGCAUGUCCAGGAGAACUGGUUUGCUGUAGUUCCGAACCUGAGGUAAUUGCCAGUACAUGCCAAUGUGUACCUUUUAAUCAGUGCUUGGACGGUACUGCCAACAUGAGCGGUAAAAAUCUGCUAGACUUGAGGAGUACUAAUCAAGACUGCCCAGGAAAUCAAGUUUGCUGUUCUAAUCCAAGACCUAGCCAUAUGGAAACGGCAAACUCAAACGAGUGUAAAGGAACGUGCGUUCCAUUUUAUCAAUGCUUGAAUGGAAAAUUCAACACGGGAGGAAAAGACAUUCUAGAUCUUCGUUUAAAUAACUGCCCUGGAGAUUUAGUGUGCUGUGAAGCUCCAACAGUACCAAAGAUUCCCGAUAAACGAGUUUGUGAGGGAGCAUGUGUUCCAAUACGGCAAUGCAAUACGGCUGGUAAGGAUAUUCUAAACUUACGGAGCUAUUACGAUUGCCCAGGUGACCAGAUCUGUUGUGAAUUAUCAGCGAAAGUAAAACAAACAAGCAAGCUAUGUGAUGGAAAAUGUGUCCCCCCGGCGCAGUGUAGCGAUUCGCCAAGCACAAUGGUGACACAACUCAUAGAUGCUCGAUUAGGAUUAACCUACACUGGAUGUUUGGAUGGUAAUGUGUGCUGUGCAAAUCCAAUAAGAAUGACUCCAGAUGCAGAUAAAUGGAUGGAUUGGAUAAACGACAUAAACAAUAUGGUCGUUGCCCAAAAUGUUAAAAAGACUGGAAAGUGCUCCUUGGACAUUGUUCGUGGUGUUGAAAGUAUCAAGGAGAAUGAAAUUCCGUGGUUGGUGACAGUUUGGAGAAGAAAUCAUCGUUUAGGGGUAAUGCAUGACGAAUAUCUUUGUGCUGGAACACUUGUGAGGGCAGACGUAGUUUUUGUUCCAGCCGAUUGCAUCCAAGGCGAUCCUAAUGCCCGAUUAUUCGUAAGAACAGGAAGCUAUAAUUUGAAAGCGAUGAGUGGUUAUAAGGAGCUCCAGAUAAUCAGAAAAAUUAUUCAUCCGGAUUACGACAACGCAUACAACCCGAACAAUGCUGCUUUACUAUUCCUGCCGGAACGCAGUAAAAAUAAACCUCAUGAAGCAUGCAUAUUCGGCAUCAAGGAACAAUUGCGCGAACAAGACUGUCUGAUCGCUGGAUGGAACAGCCUUGACUUGCGGGAUGUUCGCAAUCCGUUCACCAUGCCGAAGAAAUUGUACUCACCAAUUGUAAGGACAACAACCUGUCGGCCGGGUUCUUUCUGCACGGGAAGGAAUCAGUUCAUUGAAAGCUGCGACAGACUGCAUGGCUCACCGGUUAUAUGCCUCGAUCAGUCCGGACACAACUGGAAGAUAGCGGGAAUGGUUGUAAAGAAUAAUGUACGAUGCGACCAAAACGGCAUCCCGGAUUCGCUGCUCGAGGUUACCCGUUUGGAACCUUGGAUUCGAGAACAACUUUCACCGAGCUUUGUGCAAAAACCGGCUGUCCAUGAACCAUCUCGAAAGUAUUUACCUGUUAAGUAAUG